AUGCGACUUUCCUUUUUCUGGGCCUUUGCCCUCCUUUCGGGCAUCGCCGUUGCCCAUCCCGGCCAUGAUCACAGCCAUGAAAUCGCCCAGCGAAGGGCCUUUAUGGCCAAUUCUAAGCGAACCGAUCUCUCUCAUUGUGUGUCUAAGCUCAAGGCUCGCGGUAUAGAGUCUAGAAACAUUGCACGGCGGUCUGCGAUGAUAAGCUCCAAGCAGCAAAAACGUGAUCUUGAUCGGGUCUUGGACACCAACCAUAACGAGACCAACUUGCGCUACACUCCUACUACAGCUGAGACAACUGUUUUCUCAAGCAACACCGGCUGCGCCUUGACGCCCGAGUCUACUCAAGGCCCGUAUUAUAUAACCGGGGAACAUGUUCGCCGCAACUUAAUCGAGGAUCAGCAGGGUGUCAACCUGUACAUGGAUCUCCAAGUUAUCGACAUGAACACCUGCGACCCGGUCCCAGACGUCUGGCUCGAAGUCUGGAGCUGCAAUGCCACAGGCGUAUAUUCGGGCGUAGUAGCAGCCGCAAACGGGGAUGGCACUGAUGAUUUGGCCAACAUCGACACCACCUGGCUCCGAGGUAUCCAGCGCACCAACGCAGACGGAGUGGUUCAAUUCGACACCCUCUUCCCGGGCCACUACACCGAUCGGGCAACACACAUGCACGUCUUGAUUCAUCAUAACGCGACAGAGCUGCACAACCAGACCCUGGGAUCGGGGAAUUCAACCCGCGUCAUGCACGUUGGCCAGGCAUUUUUCGACCAGAGUCUCAUCUCCGCGGUUGAAGCUACCUAUCCGUAUACUGAGAAUACGCAGGUGUUGACGGAGAAUGCAGACGACAGCAUCUUGUCCACCGAGGCCAGUCUCGGUGCCGACCCGGUCAUGGAAUACGCGUAUAUUGGCGGCAGCGUGAUGGAUGGCAUUUUUGCGUGGCUCUCAUUCGGCAUCAAUGUCACCAAGAACUAUGAAGUGCCUGCCUCGGGAUCAUACUGGGAGGAUGGCGGGAGGCCGGAAGACAAUUCCGAGUGGACGGUCACGCCCCCGGAGACUGGGUCGAGCAAUAGCAGCUCUGCGGCUUCUUCUGGGAUAUAAGUAGUUGCUCUUCAGGGGCUGUAUGUGGGGGAUGAAUUUAGUAAAUUGUAGUAUGUUUAGUGUUCUCACUAUUGAAUUACAAGCUAAAGAUUACCCACGUACAUUACCAACCAGUCAAUGAACAGUAUAUGAACAUGGCAACCCCUGUAGCGACCGUCAUCCAUGGAAUAUACACGGCAGUCAGAAAGGGCGACAUUGAUGCUGGCUCAAUCCUC